AUGUUACAUGUUCUGAAGGUGGUGGGCUUUGACGGUUCGACCACAGUGGAGGAAUUCCUAAACACUUUAAACCAGAAGAUUCUGAUGAGGAAGCCUCAGCUUUCCGGGUUCUGCCUCUUCACUGACGAUCCUUCAGGGAAAGAUCUGGAACACUGUCUGCAGCCAACAGCCAAGAUUUGUGAUGUUAUUUCCAAAUGGGAGCAGGCCUUAAAGGAGCUACAUCCAGGAAAGAAUGAAGGAACUCGAAUCGUCCGGUUAACUUAUAAAAACAGGUUGUGUUUCCGCUCUCAGGUAAAAGGAGAGACAGAGCGAGAGCGCCUCCUUCUGGCCUAUCAGGUGAACGACGAGGUUCAACAAGGACAUUUCCCUGUGAACAAAGAGCUGGCUAUGGAGGUCGCCACCCUCAUGGCUCAGGUUGAACAUGGGGAUCUAGAGCGCCCCCCGGUGUCUCCCUCUGGUUCUCCUCAGCUUAAGUCUCAGCUGAUUCUGACUCAGGCUUUGGAGAAGUUUUACCCCAAAAGAUACAGACAGGACCUGAGUGCCGAGCAGCUCAGAGACCUGUCCGAGGGCUUUUCGUGUAAGUGGUUGCUUCUUCGCGGCUGCAGUUCGUCUGAGUGUGUGCGGAUUUACCUCACUGUGGCUAGAAAAUGGCCGCUGUUCGGCGCCAAGCUCUUCUCUGCAAAGCCACUGCCCCCUAGUGUCGUGGAGCAGACUCAGGUUUGGCUGGCGGUCAAUGAAGAUGGACUGUGUAUACUGGACUUGACAAUGCACCCCCUGGUGACGUAUCCAUACCAGUGCGUGGUCACGUUCGGCGGCUGUAGAGAGGACUUCAUGUUGGUGACGACACAGCAGAAGGAGUCUGGAGCCGGGAAGAAGAGUGUGGAGAAGCUAGUCUUUAAUAUGGCCAAACCAAAGAUUUUGGAGCUAACGUUGCUAAUGGCAAGCUACAUAAACCACUGGAGCCUCGGCGUUCCCUCUGCCCCCCCUCAAAACCCCUCCCACUGGGACACAGACAGCCCACACUUCCCCUCUAUGAACUACACCACCAAGGGACCCACGCUACUGUGACCAACGGCAACACAACAUCUACAAUCAUUUUGAACUUUGACCUUUGAGAGGCUCUUUAACACGAGCAGUUAAAAUCUGAUCUGUUUUGAAAAGAGCCUAAUUUUUUUCAUAUUUUUCUAUAAACCUACUCUGAAUGAACUUUAGAAACAGCAGGGCAGCAGAUCAGGUGACAUGGUGUUUUGCACAUUAAAAACAUUUUGCAUAGAAUUAGUAGUCUGCUUUUAUUUUGAAACCAUAGACUGUAUAUGUAAAUGGACAUAGCUAACCUGCUAGCCGCUGCGUUCCAAACAGGAAGUGAGCAUGGGCGCACUUCCGGCUCCAUCGACUCUGGCUGCAGUUCACUUUACAUUGAAAAACUGUGUCCCUUCUCUCUGUAACUGCUGCUGUCAGACUCGUCAUUUUUGCUCUACAUGAUCCUUGGGUUUUUGUUUUGCCAUUUUGUCUGUGAUGAAAGAUACACUGUCUGGCCAAAAAAAAAGUCACCAUCCGGAUUUAACUAAGCAAAUAUGUUGGGGUUGCUGCAGUUGGUCAGGUCUAGGUUCAGCAACAGUCUGUGCUCAAAGAAUGAGGUCAGCUGACACCUGAAUAUACUGAAUGACCAGGUUAUUCCAUCGAUUUUUUUCUUCCCUGAUGGCACGGGUGUAUUCCAAGAUGACAUCGGGCUCAAAUUGUGAAAGAGUGGUUCAGGAGCAUGAGACAUCAUUUUCACACAUGGAUUGGUCCACCACAGAGUCCAGACCUUAACCCCAUUGAGAAUCUUUGGGAUGUGCUGGGGAAGGCUUUGUGCAGAGGUUCAGACUCUACCAUCAUCAAUGCAACAUCUUGGUGAAAAAUUAAUGCAACACUGGAUGGAAAUAAAUCUUGUGACAUUGCAGAAGCAAAAUCGAAACAAUGCCACAGUGAAUGUAUGCUGUAAUUAAAGCUAAAGGCGGAACAACCAAAUAUUAGAGUGUGUGAACUUUUUCUUUGGUGGUGACUUUUUUUUUGGCCAGGCAGUGUAUUAACCUGCUCUAUAUGAUCCUGGUAUUUUUGUUUUGCUAUUUUGUCUGUGACUCAAGAUAUGAACGUUAAUAACAGACAAAUCAGGCACCUUCUUUCCCUGAGGUCGCUCCCACUAGCGUUAACAACAGGUUUGAUUGACACCCGCUCUUUGCUGGCAGAAAGUGGCGUUACCUUCAACAGCUUUGCUCUGGAUUGGCUCUUUGGUUGCUAUGAUACUCGCAAUCGAAAUUCCAAAUAUGGAACUCUGCUCCAAAUUAGGCUCUAUAACUGCUCUAGCCUCGAUGAGCUUCAUUUGGGGCUGAACGCUGUGGGUGACGUCACAUUCACUUAGUCCACUUCUUUAUACAGUUUCUUUAUACAGCAUGUUUAUCAGCCUUUUUUGAAUGCACAAAACCCCAAAUAUCCAGCUCCCAUUAAAGAGUUUAAAGUCUCAUCACUAAAGACUUGGAAAUUGUGAACAUGUUUUUAAAGUGACUUAUUAUACAAUGAUGUGACUUUUUAAAACACUUUUGCCAUGGUGUUCUAGCAGCUGUGGAGUCUGUAAACACAUACCAGGGUCAAAGGUUGAGUUAGCUUAGCACGUCUCUUUCUAGUGUCGGUUAUUUAUUUCUACAACAAAAGAGCGGUGACACUGCUCAGCUACUUCAGAAUAAUUAAGGUCUGACUUAGGUUUCAGUGUUUUUUUAGAUUCUUUUAAUACUUUCUAUUUUUACUUUUUUUUAAACAAAUAUAAUUACCACUUUUGUUUUUUGUUUUUUAAUAUGAUAAUGUAAGAUUUUAAAUGAUGGGAUACAGUUUUGUUCUUGUGUGUUGGUACUUGAUAACUUAAAGGCCCUGUAUAUUGCUCUUGAAAAUAAGUCUGCUUUGAAGUGUGUGUUAGCAUGCAAGUUGUUGUAGGCUUUACCAUGAUGGUGAAAACCACGCUGAUCUGAGUAGUGAAAAGUGCUUAUAAACUCAUUGUGGUGAGUAAUUAGGAUGCUCUGAAUACAUAAGGUCAAUGAGGAAUAACUUUGGACCACUGCAAACUGAACUAGUUCUGUUUUUCACAUUUUUAAGAUCUGGUACAGCGCCUUUAAGUACUUUGUCAUAUUUAAAUCCUGGAUGUUUUUCUAUUUAUAUGUGUUAAGGAGGAAACUAACAACUUCAUAGAAAUACCAAACAUAACCAAGUAAAAGUAGUGUUCGUAAGUACAAAUUUGAGGUACCUGUACUUUACUGAAGUACAUUUUACAGUGUAUACUUUUUACUUUGACUUCACUACAUUUGAGAGCAGUAUUUGUACUUUCUACUGCACUACAUUUAUGAUCAGGACUGAAAAUUAGAAAUAUUUUUUAUUAUUGUCUGAGACCUCCUGAAAAGGCUGAGGGUUUAUUUUUAUCAUGUCAUAACUUGAGAAAAACAAAAAUACACAAAUAAAAACAAAUAGAAAAAAAUGAUAGAUUCAUUUGAACAAAAUUCAGCUCAAAUCUUUAUCAAAAUCACCACAUUUGAAGCUUUAUAAACUGCUCAAAAUCUGUGUGAAAUUCUUUUACUUUUUACUCUUCAAGUAAAAAGUACUUUAAUACUUUUACUUAAGUAGAUUUUUUCAUGGGAUACUUUUACUUUUACUUUAGUAUUUUUUUCUUCUUUUGCUAAAGUAACAAAAUGGCAUAUUCUUCAUCAUGGAUCAUCUGCUUAUAUUGAAUACAUAAAGUUAGUUUACUGCAUGAGAAUGUAAUACAUCAGUGCGACUAAAUCUAUGGACACUUAGGGCUGAACUACUGGGAUCUUGUUUAGUUUUUUUUUAAGCAGUUGUGAUUAGCCUUCAUAAUAAAACAGAACAGAUUAAGUCAAAUUAUCAAAUUCUUUUAUGCUAACCCCCCCCCCCCCCCCCCCCCCCGCUCUACAUGAGCAUUAUAUAACAGGCAAAUCAGAUGCUUUCUAUCCUCAAGGUCACUCCCGCUAGCAUUAGCAACAGGUUUGAUUGACAUCCUUGCUAAGCACUCGCACUGCUGGUUUAGCAGGGAGCAGGUUUCUUACCUUCACCAGCCUCGCUCUGGAUUGGCUUUUUGGUUGCUAUGAUACUCACAGUCAAAACUCGGCUCCCAAUUGUCCCCUAUAACUGCUAUAGCCUCGAUGAGCUUCAUUUGGAGCUGAACGCUGUGGGUGACAUCACACUCACUUAGUCCACUUCUUUAUACAGUCUGUGGGCCCGGGACAGCAGACCCUUUGUCACCUCCCUUUUGGCGCCCCUGUUUGUAUAGUCUAUAUAAUAUUGUGUACUGUAUUCUUUUAAGCCAUUUGUUUUCUGGCAUCUGUGAACAUGGCUCAUGGCUGUCACUCUGUUUUAUAAUCUUGAUUUGUCUUAAAAGAAACUAGAGCUAACGACAUGUGUUUGGAAGCAUGUAAAGACUUGAACUGUUGGAACAAACCACUGCCUUCUCCAUAGAGUUUCUAUUUAUUUGACUUGGGGCAGUAGUGUGAGCUGUGUGAACAUUUACUGAUAUUGUUCUGUUACAUUUGUGUUCUCUCAAAGCUUGAAACUUGGUGUCUAUAUUUGUGGUUUAAAUAAAAUGGUACGAACAUA